GCUCCCGGCCAGGCCGCAGGGGGCGGUCCAGCCCGGCGCCUCUCGCCCCGGCGCAGGCGCCGCCGUGGGCCCGCGGCGGAGGGCAGCUCGCCCCGGGACGGCGGCUCCAUGCGCUGCCAGGUCUCGGUGCUGUAUUUCGCCAGGAGCGCAGAGCUGGCGGGGCUGCGCUGCGAGACCCUCUCGGUGCCACGGGAGAUCACCUCUCUGCAGCUCUGGGAGGAAAUUGUCAAGGUCCACCCUAGGCUUGCUCUCAUCCGGGAUCAAGUGGUGUUUGCUGUUCGGCAGGAGUACGUGCUCCUUGGAGAUCAGCUUCUGGUCCUGCAGCCUGGAGACGAGGUUGCCAUCAUCCCACCAAUUAGUGGAGGCUGAACCUGCCCAGGUUCUGUU